AUGGCAUCUGUAUCCUGGGACCGCAGAUACGACCUGUAUGCUCAACACGCAGCAGAUGCACUGCCGUUGCUACGCUUCCAGCCAAUAUACCACUCACUCCAAGCUCUCGCGGCCAUCAUUUUCGCAUACGGCGUUAUCACUAAUCAAAAUAAGCCUGAGGGCCAGGAGCCCACCCCACCCAGUGAAGUGCGAAGGCAGAUACAUUUCGAGAUUGCGAGGCGUUGGUGGGCGUCCCAUCCUACUUCCGCUACUCAGCCCACGCCAUAUGCACAAGCUACUCAAAGUCCGCUGGUACCUCAACCUCUGCACACUAUUCUAUUCACGUCGACCGUGGAAGCUACUCAACCGACCCUGCUCACCCAACCUCUGCUCGCUGCUCAGUUUACGCCAACCGCACAACCUUCUCAGUUCAUAUCCCACACCACUCACUCUGUGCCUGAUCCUGCCAUCCUUUAUCACUCCGCUCAUUACACGCCUGCUCAUUUCGACACGACCACCCCGCAAUAUUUUGCCCAAAAUGGCAGAGAAACGCAUCCAACAGUAGGGUGGAUUGAUGGGAGAAUCACAGAGUUCAGAUCAGAUGCUCCAACAGCUUUGUCUCCCGUAGCGGCUGCACGACCAGAGGCGAUCGUAAGAGAGUCCGAUACGAUGUUUGACAUUUCGAGCCAUAACAACUACUCCAACCUGCCCUCCAGCGGCUUAGAAAAUAUUGCCAGUCACACAGACCCUUCAAUGGACAACAGCAACAAUAGCAAAAACAACAGCAGCGAUGAUUCAGGAUAG